AUGGGGCACGGCGUCCGGCCCUCUUUUCACGGCUUCGUAUCCUUGUGGCUGGCUCUUCUAAUGGGAAUAAUAGGGACACAAAAGAGCUUUGGGUGCCCAGCAGAAUGCACCUGUGAGCCAGGGAAAGUGAAUUGCCAAGGAAAGAAAUUGCACAAUGUUCCGAGCAACAUUCCACGGACCAGCAAAGAAUUGAUUCUGGCGAACAACAACCUCACUGUUUUACCGCCGAUAGAACUCAACUAUUUAAGCGAACUGGUCUACCUGGACUGUAGCCACAACCAGCUCACGAUGGAUCCGCCCUUUUCCUUUACCGGGACAGUCAAGUUGAUCUACCUGGAUCUCAGUUUCAACAGAAUUUCUUACAUAGCUCACCAUACUUUAUCCCAGCUGGGAAAGCUGAUGCUGCUCAAUCUCUCAGGCAACGCGAACCUCACGCUGAUCGACGCGGUCGCGUUCAGCGGCAAUGGCAUGCUGACCUACUUGGAUGUGAGCGGCUGUAGCCUGCGUUAUAUCGAUGACGACACAUUUGAAAACCUGCACCACCUUUAUAGUUUGGGGAUACACAAUAACCCCUGGAGGUGUGACUGUGCUUUGCUGGAGCUUUGUACCUGGAUAGAGGAGACUACAAUUGAGCUUUCAAACACCGACAAAAUCAUCUGCAGUGAACCCAAGUCCUUUCAGGGUCUCCAGCUUUUUGGCCCAGUGCAACAAGAACUCCAUUUCUCUUGCCUCGUGCAUUUAGAAACCAAGGAUUUCUUAAAUAUGGCCAUAAUUGCCUUCUGCAUAUUUAUCGGUGGAAUGAUUGCAGCUUGGUUGGUCGGCAUAAGCACCGUGAUGUACUAUCACCCUACCAUGAGGGCUGAUGACGAAUCCGACGACGAGGAGUACACGAUGAUUUAA